GAGAGAACAAUCUACCCUCUGCAGUUCCUGUGAGCUUUUCUGCUGGAGUCUCUGAGAAAACAAACGUGAGAUGUUAUCCAAAAGUAGGGCUGUGUGAGCCCACUAAACCUGAUGAUGGUGCUCUCUCAUGGAUGUAUGAACAUGAUAGUGCAGAAGAUACCAGUGUCAGGAAAUCUCUUGAUGGCUUCUACAAAAUGUAUUGCAAAAAACGGCCAGGCAGAAUGGAUCCCACCUACGAGGCUGCAUCACGAUGUCUGUCACAGAAGAUUUCAGAACUAGCAAACCGGGAUGGAACAAAAUAUGCAUCGCGUUGCCUGCAAAUGGCCCAGGUGGUCUUGAACAGAGAUGGAUGUAAGAUCUUUCCAAACCACCCCACUACUGCUUGUUUUUCAAAGCCAGCUGAGGGAGAAGUUGUCUUGGAAGACAGAAAGAGAACACCCGGACUCUCAGAUGACGUCCUGCAAUUCCUCUUGAAACAAACACGGACAGAACAUAGCCCUGACAUGCCACAUAAGAAGUGA